AUGUCAGCUGUCAUAGUCGUGCACGGUGGAGCGUGGGCCAUUCCAGAUGACCUCGCCAAGGCCUCAGUUGAUGGUGUAAAGGCGCCAGCACGUUAAGGCUUAGCUGUGCUGCAAAGAAGAGGAGUUGCACUGGAUGCUGUCGAGUCAGCCGUACGGGCCCUGGAAGAUAAUGCUGUGUUUAACGCAGAUCAUGGAACAGCUUUAAAUGCAGAAGGGGAGGUAGAGACGGACGCCAUCAUCAUGGAUGGAAAGACAUCAGCUUGUGGUGCUGUGUCGUCAGCAAAAACAUCACCCCAGACUGAGCACGUCGUGUUGACAGACAGCGGUGCAAACCUUUUUGCAAAGAGCAUGGGUAUGGCCACAGUUACCACUGAUAAGAUGGUGACCACUUACGAGAGAAAAUAAUGGGAGAAGCACAAAAAAUAUGUGACUGGGGUGAUGGAAAACUUCAACACUCACUGGCCCAUUGCUACUGUUGGUGCUGUUGCUGUAGACUGCGCUGGUAAUGUCGCCUGUGCCACAUCGGAUAAUAAAAUGGUUGGCAGAGUUGGUGAUACUCCAGCUGUCGGCCGUGGGGGAUAUGCAGACAACCUCAGUGGUGCAGUGUCUUGUACUGGACAUGGAGAAUCCAUCCUUAAAGUCACCCUGUCCAGACUUGUUCUUUCACACGUUGCACAAGGUAAAUCCGUGGAAGAUAGCAUGUCUCUGCAGUACACGGGAGAGCGUGCGAGCGCUGGGGGUGUCAUCGUUGUUUCUCUUUUGGGUCAGUGGGCUUCAGCUUUCACCACCGAGCGAAUGGCUUGGGCCGCUGUGGAACAUGAGGUUCUCUACUAA